GACUCCCUUCACAUUGUUAACGUAGAUUUUUAUUCUCUUCUGCUGUUCAAGCUGCAUUUCUGGUGAACACGCUCCCCGCGUCCGACUAUACCACAUGAAAACCUCGCCUCCAUUUCUCAGCUGGACGGACUCCGGCGUAUCCCUGAGCAUGCGGAGGACUGCAGCCCGCAGCCGAGCCCCCACCGCGGGCUGCUGGUAGGGAUGCUGCCGCUGUGAAGAGCCGGAGGACGGGGAAAUCCUGGGAAAUCCUGGGCAAACAUGACCGUUUUCAACCCGGAAAGUGUUGAGGAAUUUUACGAAGUCGGAGAAGAGCUGGGGAGCGGCCAGUUUGCUGUUGUCAGACGAUGUCGACACAGGAUCACGGGCGCCGACUUCGCCGCCAAGUUCAUCAAGAAGCGGCGCAGCAAGUCGAGUCGCAGAGGGGUGUCGCGGGAAGACAUAGAGCGCGAGGUGAACAUCCUGAAGGAGAUCCAGCACCCGAACAUCAUCACGCUGCACGAGGUCUUCGAGAACAAGGCUGAGGUCAUCCUGAUCCUGGAGCUCGUUGCCGGCGGUGAGCUCUUCGACUUUCUGGCGGAGAAGGAGUCGCUGAGCGAGGAGGAGGCCACUCAGUUCCUCAAGCAGAUCCUGGACGGAGUCCUGUACCUGCACUCCAAACGCAUCGCUCACUUUGACCUCAAGCCGGAGAACAUCAUGCUGCUGAGCCGCUCGGUGCCUCACCCUCGCAUCAAGCUCAUCGACUUCGGACUGGCGCACAAGAUAGAUUUUGGCAACGACUUUAAAAACAUUUUUGGCACUCCAGAGUUUGUAGCUCCAGAAGUGGUUAACUAUGAACCUUUGGGCCUGGAGGCUGACAUGUGGAGUGUUGGUGUGAUAACCUACAUCCUCCUGAGCGGAGCGUCUCCCUUCCUGGGCGACAACAAGCAGGAGACGCUGGCCAACGUGUCGGCCGUGGACUACGCGUUCGACGAGGAGUUCUUCAGCAGCACCAGCGCCCUGGCCAAAGACUUCAUAGCGAGGCUCCUCGUCAAAGAUCCAAAAAAGAGGAUGACGAUUCAGGACAGCCUCCAGCAUCCCUGGAUCAAGCCCAAAGACACCCAGCAAGCGCUGAGCAGGAAGGAGUCGGCCGUCAACAUGGAAAAGUUCAAAAAGUUUGCAGCCCGAAGAAAGUGGAAACAAUCCGUCCGACUCAUCUCCUUAUGUAACCGCCUGUCUCGCUCCUUCCUGUCCAGGAGCAACAUCAGUGUGGCACGCAGCGAUGACACUCUGGAUGAGGAGGAUUCCUUCGUGAUGAAGGCCAUCAUCCACGCCAUAAAUGACGACAACGUGCCGGGUCUGCAGCAUCUGCUCAGCUCGCUGAACAGUUACGACGUAAACCAGCCCAACAAGCACGGGACUCCUCCGCUCCUGAUCGCCGCCGGCUGCGGCAACAUUCAGAUCAUCGAGGUGCUGAUGAGAAAAGGCGCAGAAAUCCAGGCCAAUGACAAGAGCGGAGCCAACGCUAUCUACUACGCGGCGCGACACGGCCAUGUGGAGACCCUGAAAUUCCUCCAUGAGAAGAAAUGCCCUCUGGAUGUACAAGAUAAGUCGGGGGAGACGGCUCUUCAUGUUGCGGCUCGUUACGGCAACGUGGACGUGGUGAGCUACCUGUGCAGCAUCCGUGCCAGCCCGGACCUGGCGGACCGGGAGCAGGAGACGCCGCUGCACUGCGCCGCCUGGCACGGCUACUCGGCGGUGGCCAAGGCGCUCUGCAAGGCCGGCUGCCACGUGGACGCCAAGAACCGCGAGGGGGAGAGCCCGCUGCUGACGGCGUCGGCCCGAGGGUUCGUGGACAUCGUGGAGUGUCUGGUGGAGCAACGGGCUGAUCUUCAAACAACCGACAAGGACGGCCACACGGCGCUCCACUUGGCGGUGCGCAGGUGUCAGGUGGAGGUCGUCCGCUGCCUCCUCCGACACCGCUGCAACCUGGACCAGCAGGAUCGCCAUGGCAACACGCCACUCCACGUGGCCUGCAAGGAUGGAAACCUGCCCAUCGUGGUGGCGUUGUGCGGCGCCAAGGCCAACCUCGACCUGCCCAACAAGCACGGACGAACCCCCUUCCACCUGGCUGCCAACAACGGGAGUCUGGAGGUCGUCCGCCACCUCUGCCUCGCGGGAGCCAACAUAGACGCCGUCGGCAAUGACGGAAAAACUGCUGAAGACCUGGCUGCGGCGGAUCACCACGAACUCAUAGUUACACUGUUAGGAAAACUUAAAAAGGACAACCACAAGCUGAGCUACAUCCAGCAGCUGCGGCCGACUCCCAGCGUCCAGCCGCGGAUCAAGCUGAAGCUGUUCGGACACUCGGCCGCCGGCAAGAGCACCCUGCUGGAGUCCCUGAAGUGCGGCAUCCUGCGCAGCUUCUUCCGGAGGAGGAGGACACGCAUGACCAACGCAGCCCGCCACCCCAACUCUCCCGUUAACUCCAAACCCGCCGUGUCGGUGAGCAUCUCCAACCUGUACCCGGGCUGCGAGAACGUGAGCGUCCGCAGCCGCAGCAUGAUGUUCGAGCCCAGCCUGACCAAAGGCGUCCUGGAGGUCUUCUCCCCCGUCCACGGCGCCCUGUCGGCGGCCGACGAUCAGGCCACCAAGGCCGUCGACAUCCAGCACGCCAACAUCCACGGCGUCGGGGACUUCAGCGUGUGGGAGUUCUCGGGGAACCCGGUGUACCACUGCUCCUACGACUACUUCGCCGCCAACGACGUCACGGCCAUCCACCUGGUGCUGUUCAGCCUGGAGGAGCCGUACGAGACCCAGCUGGGCCACAUCACGUACUGGCUGAACCUGCUGAAGGCGCUGACGCCGCCGCAGGACGCCAUCGUUUUUGGAGGUCGGAUCCAGCAGCCGCUCGUGGUUGUCCUGGCGGCGACGCACGCCGACCUCGCCAACGUCCCCAGGGCCUUCUCCGGAGAGUUCUGCUACGACAAGGAGCGAGCGCUGCUGAAGGAAGUCAGGAACAGGUUUGGCAACGACUUGCAGAUCAGCGACAGGCUGUUUGUGAUGGACACGGGAGCGUCCAACUCCAAGGACCUGAAGCUGCUGAGGAGCCACUUGCAGGAGCUCCGCUCCAACAUCAUCUCUAGUUGCAGUCCCAUGACGCUGCUGUCGGAGCGUCUGCUGGCCGCUCUGCCCACCUGGAGGAGGCUGACGGGCCCCAACCAGCUCACGUCGUGGCAGCAGUUCGUCAGCGACGUGCAGGAGCACAUCAACCCGCUGGUCAGCCAGGACCUGCUCCGAGCGCUGGCGCUGCAGCUGCACAGCAUGGGGGAGAUCAACAUCAUGCAGAGCGAGACGGUGCAGGACGUGGUCCUCCUGGACCCGCGGUGGUUCUGCAGCAGCAUCCUGGGGAAGCUGCUGUCGGUGGAGACCCCCAAGGCCAUCCACCACUACAGGGGGCGCUACAGGCUGGAGGAGGUGCAGGCGCUGGCCCCCGACAGCGAUGUGGAGGAGCUGCUGCAGAUCCUGGACGCCAUGGACGUGUGCGCCCGCGACAGCACCGACCCGUCCAUGGUGGACGUGCCGGCGCUCAUCAAGACCAACGGCCUGCACCGCUCCUGGACCGAGGACGAGGACGAGGAGGCGCUGAUCUACGGCGGCGUGCGGCUCGUCCCCGCCGAGCACCUGACGCCCUUCCCCUGCGGCCUCUUCCACAAGCUGCAGGUGAACCUGUGCCGCUGGAGCCGCCAGCAGAAGCCGGAGGGCGACGGCGGGGAGGACGCCGACGGAGACAUCCACCUGUGGACCAACGGCGCGCAGGUGAGCCAGGCGGGCGUGGAGGCCAUGGUGCUGCUGGUCAACCACGGCCAGGGCGUGGAGGUGCGGGUGCGCGGCCACGAGUCGGAGCGGGCCAAGUGCUGCACCCUGCUGGACGCCGUGUGCAGCAUCACGGAGAACCUGCUGGCCUCCACCCUCCCCGGGCUGCUGGCGGCGCGCUACUACCUGAGCCCGCAGCAGCUGCGGGAGCGCCACGCCCCCGUCAUGGUGUACCAGCCCAAGGACUUCCUGCGCGCCCAGGUGCAGCGCGAGUACUCGCUCGCCAACACCAUGGGCGGCUACCGCGAGAGCUUCAGCAGCAUCCUGGCGUUCGGCUGCGCCGAGGUUUACCAGCAGGGGGUUCUGGGUAGCGACGUGCACAUCUCCGACGUGCCGCUGCUGGCGCGCCGGAAGCUGUGCCGCAUGCUGGACCCGCCGGACGCCCUGGGGAAGGACUGGUGCCUGCUGGCCAUGAACCUGGGCCUCACGGAGCUGGUGGCCCGGCACAGUGGGGGGGCGGCGCCCAACGGCCCGCCGGAUCCCCGCUGCGGCGAGCCGCCGGAGCCGCCACCCAGCCCCACGGCGGCGCUGCUGCACGAGUGGAGCCGGCAGCGGGACAGCACCGUCGGCGUGCUGAUGAGGAAGCUGCGGGAGCUCGGCCGCCGGGACGCCGCCGACUUCCUGCUCAAGGCGUCGCCCGUGUUCCGGGUCAACAUGGAGGCCGUGGCGGCGGCGCCCAGCAGCUACCCCCCCGCCUGCAACGGCGGGACGUCCUACAACUCCAUCAGCUCCGUCAUUUCCCGCUGAGCCUCUGAACUCCAGACCUGUGUGAAUGGACAGGAAGUGCAAUCGCUCCGGCUUUUAACCGCUCCAUGGCGUUGCCGUGAGAACCAGAUGUUGUGUUUGUGCUCUCCACAGCUGUACAGCCGCCCCCCCCCCCACGAAUGUCGUGACAGAACCGACCGUCCCGAGCUCCAAAGAGGAUUCCUGCGUCCAUUCUGCUUCUCGAUGAACAUCCCUCCCUCGCCGCGGCGACCUCCAUCCACCGCCGCAGGGAAACAGGCUCCGCCCACCAGCUACAUCUGACAUCACCUCCCUUAUUACUGUGUUUUAAUGUUUAAUAAAUUAACAGCAUUUCUUCCGAGUGCCUUCGUGGCCGUCUACCUCCCUGAAAGCACAAACGGUCCCGUUGCUCCGACGACCGAAGCUCCUCCCACACGUUUGAAGAGCUGUGCCUUGCUCGCACCAGGAGUAGAACGAAACCCAAAACGUUUUUUAAACCGACGUCUUUUCGCGCUAUCGCCUCGUCGGAUCCGAACUUUCCCUCCAAACACGUAUGAACCAGUGAGAACGGCGGGUCGCAGAGAAAACGUUCAGAUAAUUUGGAUUAGUUCCUUUUUUCUUUAUUUUAAAAGGUCCCAUAGUUUCAUUAUAAGUUUAAAUUUGUUUAAAGUCAGGGUAAGCGAUCUUCACAGUAACCCAAAUGGAUGGGAUGUCCCCCCCCAACAUGCCAAAAACGGACGAGGUGGAGAGACACGUGUUCUUCAUGCUUUGUUGAUGUUCUGUUCAAAUAUCAACAGAAGUGAAUUAAUCUAGAAAUCACUUACCUUUAAAUGAGCAUGUCAAGCCAAUAUAAUGCUGAUCAAUCCCGAUCAAUUUUAAGCUCAAAUUAAACCAAAAUCUUUCUUUUGUCAUGAUUUCCUCGGCCUGGUUAGUGUUAAGCCUUGGAAGCCUCAGUGACGGCAACGCAGUCAUAGUUUUUAGUUUCGCCACGUUUAAAGACGUGUUGCAUCCUUUAACAUUUGACAUUUACCAGGAGCCAUAAUAUCAUUUUCAGGAUUCAGCACAAAGUCGUUUUCCUUUUCAGCCGUGUGUGUGUCGGACUCUGCUCAGAGCAGCUGGUUUUAGGGGGUGGAGUCAGGUGUCUUAACUCCACCCCCUAAAACCAGCUCUUCUCGGGCAGCUCUGCAUGUUUUGACGUCAGUGUUACAGCUCCAUGCUGCAGGAUAAAGGAGGGUUUGUGAUGUCACUCAACCCCGUGAAUCUGAACGAGCCGUUUCAGCUGAAAAUGGGAUUUGUAUCGUAACAUUUCCUCUUUAAAGCAGCACGGAGGAACUCGGGCAGCUUUUACUUCAGUGGCUCCGCCUUUAGGUGUCAUGUGACCGUUCGUCACUUCUGCAAAACUCUCCGAGCUUCACUCGUUUAGCCCCUCGACUUCUGUCCACCUUUACUUUGAGUCUCUCUCCUCUGCAGCCGCAAAGUUUCACACCGCGACGCCCAGACAGCUGGUUUUUGCCAAAAGUAGAGACAGACGGCUUUCCUUAAGGGACCAAAUAUUCCUUAAGAUGACAUUUAAAGUGAAAGUUAACUCUUUUUUUGCUGCUUCAACACAAACAGUGUCUGGAAAUUAAUCUGCAUUAAAUAAUUAAUGUAGAAUAUUUUAAUUUAAAAUGUUUUUUUUAACUCUUUAGGCAAAUUAAAUUAAAUGUCUUUGCUUAAAGCAUCUUAGUGAUGAAUAUUAAUGAAUUACAUCUUUUAAGAAGGUCUCAUUAACCGUCUCACCUCUCCAUCCUGUUGCCUUAGCAACCCAGCGGGACAAACUGAGCACCAGUUUUCAGUCUGUCGCCUCUCUCGACGUCACUAAAGCAAAUCUGUGGACCGUUUUUAGUUUCCUAAAAACACACAGAGAGGAAGCCGAGACUGAGGCCGUUUCAGUUCUGUUAGGUGUUGUUGAGAGGAGACGCUGAAGGGCCCGGCGGUACCUGGUACACCUGAGGUGACACCAUGAAACCUUGGGACCAUUGAGAUGUUUUGCGGCGCUUCACUUGAACGCUUUGGGCGUCCAGAGUCGGGUUGCCGCGGCGUCCAAGCCACUUUCUGCCCAGCUGAACUCCAGUGUCACAUCUUCUUUCACUUCUGGCCACCGUGACGCCGCUGGAGUCUGCCGUGCCCAGCAGAAGCCGGGAGGAGGUGUAGUGAAACUGGUGUCGUGAGCAGAUAACGGCCAAAAAAGAAAACCAUUUCUCUUCUCCUGAAAAAGUUCUGAAAACAUUUUUCUCCCCUUGUACGAGUUGAGAAGCUUUUCAUUCUCAUGAAACCUAAAAGGCCGUUUUCAGGACGAGCUCUGAGCCCGAGUGCAGUAUUUCCUCCAGUGUUACCGUCCGUUUUAAACACGUGGCUGUGGUGUAGAUACUCGACGCCUCCGCCCACGACCUCCUCCGCUCAUGUGAUCUUCCCCCCAAACAUGUCCAGGCAGAAUGAAUGUAAGACACAGAUUUCCUAAGAAAAUUGUGAAAAAGAAGAAAAAAAAAACAAUCAAAGACUUCACAAACUGUACAAAAAGCUGAAAUAAAAGCGUCCCGAGCCGGUCGUGGGCGCCGCUGAAUCUCACCACGUCUGCUCUCCCGGAGGGUUCCGGGCCGAACCGAGCGGAUCUGAUCGGUGGUUUCUCCUCUCGGACCCGGUCCAACCCGCCCGGUGCACAAGUCUGCUUUUUGUUGCUAUUUAUGUGUCGCUCUCUUAGCAUGUCGGGGAAUGCCAUGUUCUUAGUAUUUCUGACACUUUAUAGUGUGAAACAUUUUAUAAUAAAUUCUUUACUUAA